AGUGGAAAUUUGACAUCAAGGAUGGGAAAUCACACAAGAGUGACAGUGUUUAUUCUCCUAGGACUGACAGAUGAUCCUCAAUGGAAGGUUGUACUUUUUCUUUUUCUGUUUCUCACCUACAUAUUAAGUAUUGCUGGCAACUUGACCAUCAUCCUCCUCACCUUGUUGGAUUCCCAUCUCAAGACUCCCAUGUACUUUUUCCUUCGGAAUUUCUCUCUCCUAGAAAUUUCCUAUACAACUGUUUGCAUCCCUAAAUUUCUGGUUUGUAUUGCAAGUGGGGACAAAACUAUUACUUAUAAUUGUUGUGCUGCUCAAUUAUUUUUUGCCUUCCUUCUUGGGGCAUCUGAAUUUUAUCUUCUGGCUGCCAUGUCCUAUGAUCGUUAUGUUGCCAUUUGUAAACCCCUGCAUUACACAACGAUCAUGAACAGCAAAGUCUGCACCCAGCUUGUACUUAGCUCUUGGAUCUCUGGCUUUCUGAUAAUUUUCCCAGGCUUGAUUCUAGGCCUUCAACUUGAUUUCUGUGCUUCCAAUGCAAUUGACCAUUUCUACUGUGACACUGGUCCCAUGUUGCAGCUCUCUUGCACAGACACAGAGUUUCUUGAGCUACUCAGUUUUAUUUUAGCUUUAGUGACACUUUUGGUUACUUUGGCAUUAGUUAUUCUGUCUUACACCUUUAUUGCCUUGACAAUUCUAAGAAUUCCAUCUGCUAGUCAGAGGAAAAAGGCUUUUUCCACCUGUUCCUCUCACAUGAUUGUUCUCUCCCUCUCUUAUGGCAGCUGCAUUUUCAUGUACAUUAAACCCUCAGCUAAGGAAAGAAUAGCUUUAACCAAGGGAAUAUCCUUACUCAAUACUUCAAUUGCCCCUCUAUUAAACCCCUUUAUUUACACUUUAAGGAACCAGCAAGUGAAACAAGCCUUCAAGGAUGCAAUCCAGAGAGCAACUCCUUUUUCAAAGAAAUGA